AUGUCACAUCACAAAAGAUAUCACAAAAGAAAGUGUUCUAAAAGUGAAAAAUUAUACUUCUUCAGACAAAAAGUGGGGUCCACCAGACACAUGCAGUGUCGGGCCUGUCUUGGGGUAGGAACUAGCGGGGCUGUUCCGGGCGAGAGCGAGCGGAUCGCAUCAUCGGACUGGCGACGUCUUAUUGACCUUGCGUGCCUGGAAUCGGACAUUGAACCAGGAGGUUCCAUC